AAGCCCCGCCCAGUGUGAUUUUACAAUCCCUGAGUACUCUGAGUAGUGUUUCUGGAUGGAACUUGGGACAGUCCUUGUCCAUCAUACAGAUUCUCAUCACCCAAAACUUCCAGUUGAUUCACUUCUUAAUAGGUUUAUUGCUAGUGGCCUAUUGGUUGUGAGCAUCAUUCACAACCAUGAUUCAUGCUUUAAACCAUUCCAUCCUCUCUACUUCCAAUGUAGAGGAUAUUUCAUAAUUUAAUGUUCUCUUUCUUCAGAUAAACAAAACCGACAGUCUAAUAAACCUGGGCUCUUUAGUGGGAGGUCUUCCAACCCAAACACUAACCGCAAUACCCGAGCAGCAGGUUCUGACAACAUCCGCCUACCCAAAAUGUGUUACCAACAUGCUGACUGCUCCAACAAUUGUACAGCAGAUCUAUGUUAAUAAGAUCAUCACAGUCGACAUGAAACCAACGGAACUGAUAGUCAAUGUCCCAGAUGAAAUGGCAACUGACAUUCCCAGCAAUCUACUGAAUUUCCCAACAACUGGAAAUCAAACUCACUGCUCUGAACAUCAACAAGAAAAAAUGGAAACCUCAGCAGGCUGUGCUGUUCUUUGAUACAGUAGCAAAUGGAUUGGAUGAGCCUGAUGACCUUUCUGAGUACGUGCUUCAAGGAUUCAUUUGCUGUCGUGUCCAGACUUUCACCAAAACAAGAAUUAAACCUCUCAUCAGAGCUUGCAGACGUAGGGCCGGUCGAAGAAAGGUGGUUCUCAAGGAGACACCGCUACACCAACAUGCAACAGACCGACUGCAGAUCCUACUUCAUUGAAACAGGACGAGCAGACUUCUCCGUCCUGUCCGGCACGUUGGAUGGAAGAAAGGUUGAUCUACUGAACAAUGCCAAAAAGUGCCUGAACAUCAAAGGGACACAGCUCAGUCGAGAUAAUGUCGAGGUCCUGGGCAACAUGGCAUGUGCUCUGGAUGAGGACUACAUUCAGAGCGCUGACUCUUACAUCCUGGAGAAACUAAAGAACUGCAAUGACUUCUCCGAUCAGCAGAUUACAGCUAUGGAGACUGGUAUCUGCAGUGGCAACACCACAUAUGGUGGAAUAAAAGCAAGUUCCUGAAGAAAUUCAUGAAAAGACUAUGUACAAACAAGACAAUGAAGAGGAAAAUGAAGAAGCUGUUCAAAUAAUGCACCAUGUCUUUGAGAUCCAAACGAAGCACUGUAAAUGCAUGUCCAGACUCCCUUGGCAACAUUACUCAAGUGACCAUAAGCAAUAACGCAUUCCACUGUCUGAGCGCCCAAGUAGUAAUGGACAAACUGGCCAGCCUGACUGAGAAGGUAGAUGAUGAUGACAUGCAAAAGGUCAUUUUGGAGAAGCUACGCCAGGCGUACCCCAAAGGCCUCUCAGACCAGCAGGUUCAGGUGCUUGGGUCAGUGUCUCGCGUGGCUUCCAUGGAGCAGAUUAACAAGUGGAACAUCACUACAGUGGACACACUAGCAGCACUGAUGGACAAUGGCAAUGGAGAAUGGGACUCCGACAAAGCCAAAGUUAUUGUCACCAAGUUCUUAAGUGCUGGCAAUUUGCUUGGAGCCUCUGAAUUGAAUUCAAUUGGAGGGCCUAACCUGUGCGCACUGGACCUCAGUGUGUUGCAAGGCAUCAGAAAUGACAGUCUCCGAGAUGCAGAUGCUCUGGAAAUCACUAGCUGUUCCUCAGCACAUAAGAAGGCAUUCUUUGCAGUAGCUGAGAUCGCCUUUCCAAUCAACUUCAUCCAAACCUGCGCCACUGCAGAUCAGCUAACAUCCUACCAGACAUACCUGGGAGGUGCCAUUAUCACCUACAUACGGAGUCUGUCUAGGGUGAAUAUUAGCAUGGACAUCAACACUUUUAUUGGUUUGGAUUCAGCUGCUGUCCAGGCUCGUAGUGUGAGUGAAGUGUCUGGACUCCUCGGCUCCAACCUAAAUAGACUGAAAACCUUUGAGAAUACCACUGUAAUGCAGAACUGGGUGUCAAAGCAGUUACAGUCUGAGCUUGACAAGCUGGGUAUCAGUCUGACCGGAGGAAGGGUGGAUUCAAACACCACCCCCAUGACAACAAAUACUGCCACCACCAUCAAAAAUACAACUUCCAGCCAGAGCAGAGGCACAUAUCCAGCUCCUCUGCUUUUCCUGUUUGGUCUCUUGUUCAUUGCAGUGCAAAUGUAGAUUAUAAUAUUGCAAGAGAAGCAUUAUAAUUUAGACCAAAUUGCAUAAUUAUCAUAUCACGUCUUAAUAUUACAUCUAUUUUUGUAAUCUAUUUUUAAAGAAGACAUUAAAGCUGACAUUAUAUUUGACAGCCAAAUGAGUGCAGUAUGCAAUAAAUAUCCCAUAUAAUAUAUAGUGUUUUAUC